AUGCUCCCUAGCACUAGAAUCACACGCAUACUUGUUGCCAGCUUCACAGUUGCUGGUUGCGGAGUAUACUCAUUCAAACGACACCUUAUAGAGGAAGCACUGGCUGAGACACCAGAACAAGAACCGCACGUCAUGUUCCGUGGCUUCAGGCCAACAUCUCUGCGUGUGCAAAAUGUCGAAUCUCUCAGUCACAACACUAAACGCCUUCGAUUCGAGUACCCGGAUCAAACCUGGAUAUCAGGGUUACAAUUGACAUCAUCUGUCUUAGUAUUUUGCUGGCCCCAAAAAAGCUGGUUCCCGGCUAUUCGACCAUACACACCGGUCAGCAGCCUGAACCAGCGCGGCUUCCUCGAUCUCGUGGUAAAGAAAUACCCGCAUGGAAAGGUGUCUUCACACCUGCACACAUUGCAACCAGGCGACUCCCUCUAUUUUCUCGGCCACUUACCUGGUGGAUAUCGAUGGUCCGCGGCGACUGCCAAUGAGCACUCGCGGGUAUACCUUAUCGCUGGCGGAUCGGGCAUCACCCCCACCUACCAACUCGCCCGAGGCAUCCUAGAGGACAAUCCGAACGCCAACACCAAAGUGCAAGUGGUGUUCGGGGCUAACACCGCGCAGGAUCUUGUCCUGAAGAAGGAGUUAGACAUUUUGCAGCAGAGGUUUGCCGACCGGCUUCAGAUGCAUUAUCUGGUAAGCGAGGCGGGACCCUCAACGGGAGAAGCGGAUAACAAAGACGUGAGCUACGGGGCGCGGGUGAACACAAGUCGUUUGCGGCAGCUUUUCGGGGUGAGGCGAGAAGGAGAUGAAAAAGUGUUUGUCUGUGGGCCUCCCGGGAUGGAGAAGGCCUUGGUGGGAGGCAAGUCUUGCGGACGAGGCAUUCUUGAGGAGUUGGGGUUCCAGAAGGACCAGGUCCAUAUCUUCUAA